UGUUUUUGCGGUUGCAUGUCACGUGAUCUCCGAUUGUUUGUAGUAUUGCUCACCAAAGUCACAAUGUCUACAUUCCGUCGCCUGGACGAAGAAAAGAGCGUAAAGUUUGCAAAUGCCAAUCCACCUCAAGACGCAGCCCGUCUCAACAGACCGGUCGAUCACUUUGAACGCGAACGCUCAGCAAUCCUGCACACAGCUGAGAGGCAGAAACAGAUGUACAAGAAAUCUCUCGAGCACCUGCAGGGAAAGACCAAAACGCACUCUCCUGUUCCGUUUGUAAGACGAAAGACGUCAAGUGAGUACACUCAGUUAUCCAACUUGCCUGCUGUGCCUCUAUCCCCGCUGGCCGGGGGGCCGUCUCAUGGGCGGGGCCUUGAGCAGCUGCAAGAGAGAGGUGUCAACCCCACACGGUCCCAGGGGCAUCUAAGCAGCCCUUCAGCGCCGUUUUCUCGUUAUGUUCCAAACAAUAAACUACUCGCAGGUGGUAAGCCGCCGCCUACUGUACAGAGACGGGCGACUGCGGAUGUGCCAUACUUUGGGAUGACGUCGGUGGGCGUGGCGCCUAAACUCAUGCUGUCUAGAACUCCGGAUGUGAAUGCAUCUCGACGACGAAUGCAAAGUACGAUGAAUUACAACCCUCAGGAGGCAAAAUUGCAGCUGAGUUCUGGACAGUUUUUGAUGGGUGAUGGUUCGUUGAGGAAGGCAGCAUCUGAUCGUGAUGUCUAUCGGAGCUCAUUGGAGGCUGAAGAUGAGAACAACCACCAGCCUCUUGCGACGCUACAAGAAAUGAAACCAGGCAGCUCGCAGAAUAAACGCCAUGGAGUCAACACGAGUUCUACUGACUUCGCUAGUUUGUUGGACUUGUUGCCUUCUCUUAAUUCAAAGACUCCAGUGACCAGCAAGAGUGACAAAAAUGGUCAACAAGAUGUGGUAGAGGAAGUCGAAGAGACUGAGUUGCCUGAUGAUUAUGGAAUGUCUACUCGACUGGUUAAAGCAGUUCGUGAUAUCGAAACUCGACUCGCUGAUCACCACUUGCAGGAUCUAGAAGAUAAAGCCUUUACAUCAAAGUCAUCGAGUAGACCAGCCAAUCUCCAGCUGCCAAACAAAACCAGGAAGUAUCAAACGUAUAUGACACUGCCACCAAUGAUUCCUAUUCCCUGGGAUCUACUGGAUGCAAACUCUGAUACCGAAAUUGAAGACGAUAAGAUGGAAGCAAAUGAAAAGAGUGUUGAGAAAGAAAGAAAGAGAAGUGCGUCAUUUAGUAAUGAUGAGAAGAAGACAGAAUCAGAUCUUGCCAAACAGUUUGAAGCAAUAAAACAUUGUCGAUACUUGAGACACUACAAGCCGAAGGUGAAAAGAGAAUCAUUGUUUUGAUGACGAGCAGUUAAUUUCUACAUGAUUUGCAUACAGUAUUCACAAUGUUGUUUUGUAAAUAAUCCAGUUGUAGUUGUAUUGAUUGAAUGAACCCAUUGUGAAAUCAGUAUUAUCUUUAGUGAAGUUUUAAAAUAAUAACAAAAU